UUAGAUUGCUGUCACGUGCAGAAGUAUUUACUGCAGGAGAAAGAGGAACAAUCAGAUCAAGGUGAAAGUCCUGUAGAAGCAACUGAGGAUGAGAAACCAACAAAUGCUGAUGCUGCUGUUGCUGCUAUUGAGGAAGUAGUCACAGAGAAAAUUGAUGAAACCCCUGCUGCCGAGGAAAGCUCCGAGGCUCCUGAGCCAGAAGAGUCAGAAGAGAAACUGGAAAUAAAGAUUGAGACAGCACCAGCAGAUUUUCGUUUCCCAACCACAAAUCAAACAAGACAUUGCUUUACGCGUUACGUUGAGUAUCAUAGGUGCACUGCUGCAAAAGGGGAAGGUGCUCCUGAGUGUGAUAAGUUUGCAAAGUAUUAUCGUUCACUCUGUCCCGGUGAUUGGAUUGACAGAUGGAACGAGCAAAGGGAGAAUGGAACCUUUCCAGGCCCUUUAUAGAGUGUUCUCCAGGUCAGUGUCAUGGGGCUCCUGCCAUUCUAUCUGGCUUGAUUUACUGAACCAUGAGAUGAGUUUCUAAAGCGGGAGAAGACACAAGAGUCCCAUUUGAAACCAAACUCAUUUCAAUAAAUUUUUUGGCUUGUUCAUUGCUGCACUGCUGAAGAGAAAUGUGUUGACAUAAAGCGAGAGCUGUUGGUCCGGUGCCAAUCUUUGCUCUCUUUGCUACUUCUGUUCUUGAUCAUCCUUUUACAUUUUGAGAAAACUGUGAUAUUUAACAGUGGCAAGUGCUACUCUGUUUAACAGUAGCAAGGCAUGAGGUGGAAGAGAAAUGCGGUUACUAGCA